ACUGCGCCUGCUCGGAGGGUCAUUGCUUGGUGUUGCCGCUCCUCCUCCUGUUGCCGUGUGUCCGUGAGCGCGGGGCUGGAGCCAUGAGCACGCGGUCCCUCUCCAAGGGCUGCUUUGUUUUUAAACCAAGUCCCAAGAAGAGAAAGGUGUCUCGAACAACAGCUGACUAUUUCAGAGAAGGACACAGUGAUUUGGAGGACAGUGAUCUACGGUUUGCUACUUGCCAGUCAUUACAGAAACAGGUCAAGUCAGAAACAGAGCAAAUAGAGGAAGAAUUGAAUGAACAGUUAUUUGAUAACUUAGUGAGUUUUUUGAGGCGGUCUCAUUCUGCGUUCCAAGAGAAGAAAACAGAAUGGAUGUGUCGGGUGAAGUCCAGAGAAAUCCCUACUGCGGCUCUUGUCUUAGGUGUGAAUGUUACAGAUCACGACUUCACCUUUCGAAGUCUCUCAGAAGUCCUUCAGAAUCAAGUUACUCCUUACAUAGCAUUGCUGGAAGCCAAAGAUUGCCCAGGCAUAAAGAAUCUGAUGCAGAAGCUGUUGGGACAGCUGAUGAACUGCUGUAUAGAUGUGGACUCAUCGGAAGAGGAGGACUAUGAACACGUUCCCCGUAACAGAGUACGUUGUUCAAUGACUUCUCUUAUCAACUGGUAUGAGAAUGCGACAAAGAGAACAGAUUCUGAUACUCCGGGCAAAAAAAGAACAUCUUCCAGACACUGCCAGUCUCCUCCAGUUGUUGUUAUCUUCAAAGACAUGGAAAGUUUCACCACAAAAGUACUUCAGGACUUUGUAGUUAUCAGCAGUCAGCAUAUUGGUGAAUUUCCUCUCAUACUGAUUUUUGGAAUCGCUACAUCUCCAAUGAUUAUCCACAGCUUACUUCCUCACUCUGUUUCCUCUCUGCUGUGCAUUGAGCUUUUCCAGUCCCUUUCCUGUAAGGACCACCUGUCUACUAUAAUUGACAAGGUACUUUUAACAACCCAGUUUCCACUUAAACUGAGUGAGAAAGUUCUGCAGGUUCUCAUCAACAUAUUCCUCUACCAUGAUUUUUCUGUCCAGAAUUUUAUCAAAGGAUUUCAGCUCUGUAUUGUGGAGCACUUCCAUUCCAAUCCUCUUAGUAUACUGUGUUGCCAGCUGGAAGAAGCAAAGAGAAGAGUAAAUUCUUUAUCACAUAAUCAGUGUGAAAACGUUCGAAGACUGCCCUCUUUUAGAAGGUUUGUGGAAAGUCAAGUCUCAGAGAAACAGAUUGCACUGCUGACAGCAGAUAGUUCCUUAAAGGAAGCAGUGCGGCAGCUGCUAGAGGACUUGAAUGUCUACCAUGAAAAUUAUUUUCCCAUUCUGAGAUGUCUUCAUGUUUUCACAUCUUCUCUUCCAAAGUAUCCUUUGGGCAAGCAGAUCAGGGAACUGCACUGUGCAUGUUUGGAAAACCGAGUGUGGGAGACAGAGGAAUAUGAGUCAUCUCUUCAGUUAGCAAGGAUGUUGAAUAAGUCUGAUUUGGUAACGAUGCUUCAAAAGUGUGUGGAAAUUCUUGUGUCAUCUCCUGGAAGGGAGUUUGAUGAGAUAGUAGAGAAGCUGAAGGAGUUCUUGACCCGGUUUCAGAAACUAGAAGAAGUGUACCAAGAACAAGAUGAGUCCAUAUCACCACAAAAAGAGCUCCAGAAGAAGACAAAUCUUCAUCAUCUUCAGAAGACUUUGUUGGAGAUGAAGGAAUCAAGGCGGUCUAAGAAGCUGACAAAGUUUGAAAUGCUUCGUUUUGAAGUUGUUGACUAUAUAGACAGUCUUGUAAGACGUUACCUUGUUCCAGCAGACCACAAGACUCUGCAUGAGAUUGUGUAUUUCAACACAGCCAGCGUUCUCCGCGAGCACUUGAAUGCUGCCCCGAGGAUUGCACUGCACACAGCUCUGAAUAACCCAUACUCCUACCUGAAGAGUGAAGCACUGAAAAGUGAUGGAGGAAGCAUUUCUAACAAAGCCCCUGACAUAUGCAUUGCCUAUAAGCUUCAUUUGGAAUGUGGCAGAUUGAUUAACCUCGUUGAUUGGUUAGAGGCUUUCUCCACUGUGGUGACGGCAGCUGAGGGACCGACUGCAGACGCAGCAUCCUUAGAGCAGGUGGAUGAUGUUAUACACGCUCGUUUUAUUCGAGCUGUUUCUGAACUGGAACUCCUGGGCUUCAUAAAGCCCAGCAAGCAGAAAACUGAUCACGUGGCACGGCUGACCUGGGGAGGCUGUUAAUGUGCCACCACAACCUUAAUAAAGCUGUUCUUUGUAACCUGGU